UCAGGGGAGAGAAGUGGGGGUAAACAUCUGGCAGUAUCCAACAAACAUGGCUGCCACUGCGCCCAACACGGAAUGACAAGUGCUGUGAGGAAUUUAUUCAUAAUUUCGGUGAAACAACGAGUUCUCAACUCGUCGAGGGCAUUUCCGGGAUUUUUAUGGAGGAGAGUUGAUAGGAGUUUCUGCAGAACUUCGGUGCAAAUGUAUUCCAAUGCUAAAUGUCCCAUGGAGUCCCAUUUUGUGCGUGGGCAGCACACCCUGCGUGUCUCAAUGUCCCUAUUCCGCGGUAACAGAGAUCGUCUGAUCGAGAGCCUCAGAAAAACCCCUGGAGUCCAUGAAAAUGGCUUCGUGGUCCUCCAGGGAGGUGACGAGGUGCCAUUCAACGACACUGACAUCAACUACGAGUUCAGACAGGAAUCAUUCUUCCAGUGGUGUUUUGGAGUGGAGGAGCCAGGAUGUUACGGUGCCCUCGAUAUAACAUCCGGCAAGUCAAUUCUCUUCUUCCCACGGCUACCAGCUGAGUACGAGAUUUGGUGUGGUAAACUUAGUACUCUCGAUGAAUUCAAGCAGCGUUAUGACGUAGAUGAGGCGCAUUACGUUGAGGGAAUAGCACAGGUGUUGAAGAAGAAAAAUGCCCAGCAAGUACUGACACUGAGAGGACAGAAUAGUGACAGUGGAUUGUUCGUUAAGGAUGCAGAAUUCGAUGGCAUUAAUGAAUUCAAAGUUGAUAAAGAGGUGUUGUAUCCAGUCAUCUGUGAAUGUCGAAUCGUCAAAUCUCCUCAGGAGAUCGAGGUGCUUCGAUAUGUCGCCAAGGUCAGCUCGGAUGCCCACAAAGUCGUGAUGAGAAACGUGAGGCCGGGGAUGUCAGAGUUCCAGGGUGAAUCUCUGUUUAAACAUUACGUGUACGCUGUCGGUGGAUGCAGACACGUCUCCUACACGUGCAUGUGCGGCUCCGGGAAUAAUUCGUCAAUUUUACAUUACGGACAUGCCGGGGCGCCUAAUAAUAGAGUCAUGAAGGAUGGAGAUAUGUGUCUCUUCGAUAUGGGUGGAAAUUACUGUGGCUACGCAGCAGACAUCACCUGCAGCUUUCCCUCAAAUGGAAAAUUCACAGAGGACCAGAAACUGAUCUACAAUGCAGUCCUGAGUGCCAGGAAUGCAGUGAUUGAGGCAGCCAAGCCUGGAGUCAGCUGGACUGACAUGCAUCUACUGGCGAAUCGAGUGAUGCUGGCAGCUCUGAGGGACGGGGGCCUUCUGUGUGGUGAGGUCGAGGACAUGAUGAAUGUGGGACUUAACGAGACCUUCCAGCCUCAUGGGCUUGGGCACCUCCUUGGGCUCGAUGUUCACGAUGUUGGGGGGUACCUCCCUGGCUACCCUGAAAGAUCUGUCAAGCCGGGGAUCAGAAAACUGAGAACUGCUAGACAACUUGUUGCUGGAAUGUUUCUCACUAUCGAGCCUGGAUGCUAUUUCGUUGAUUCUCUCUUGAACGCGGCACUCUCGAAUCCAAAGCAGCGUCAGUACAUGGUAGCGGAUAAAAUAGCCAAAUUUCGUGGAUUCGGUGGCGUCAGAAUCGAGGAUGACGUCUUGAUAACAGAAAAUGGAGUGGAGAACUUCACUGAAGUGCCAAGAACGGUCGAGGAAAUUGAGGCUUGGAUGGCGCCGGGACGUGAGGACCUGAAACUCAUUCACGAACAGCUCAUCCCCAGCUCUUCCUAAUCAGUGCACUCCAUCCAAAUAUCGAGAACAUUAUUUUUUUAUAUUUCAAAUACUUGAAGAUGUCUUACAGCGCUUUGUUCAAUAGUGAAUGUAUAAAAUGUGUGAGAAAUUCGUGAAUAAAUCGAGGUAUUCUUCUUUAAAAAUGA